GCGACUGGCCCAUCCUCCCCAGUAGCCCCAGAGCUCCUCCCUCGCAGGCCCUCGGGUGGCUUGCAGGAGGCCUCCGUGUAACCAUGGCUUUGCCCGGUAAAGAUUACCCAAGGGACCGGCCUGCUUCUGCCUUGCAACGCGGGGCAGUUUGGAGGGAAGGCGCUUUCCGGCGAAGGCACCCAUGCAACCGUCCAGGGAGUUGGCUGCUUCUGCUCUGUCCCGGCUCCGUUCUCUGCUUGCGGGGCAAAAGGGGCGGCUGCGGCCGACGGGUUGCGCAGAGCCGGGAGAAGGCCGCCGCCCGAGGACGCGGCGCCGAAGGAGACGAGCCCGCCCUGCCCUGCAGGGGGCGCUGUGACGCCUCCCCGCGCGCGGCUCAUGCGUAUUCAGCCCGCUUUGUCCGCGCGACAGAGGGGGGCGGAGCCAGCCGGGAACCGCGCGUCCUGCGUCCGCGGGCUAGCCGGAAGAGCCGCGGCAGGAGCGGCGGCGACUGGCAGCAGGAUCUCCGCGAGGAUAAACGGUGGUGGGCCCUUUCCGAGCAGCACGUUGGAGCUGAACCGGGACCGCAGCGCAGCAGGUUAGGCGCCAUGUCGACCGAAGCUGCUGAGCUGAUGGAUGAGCCUGAGAGCCAUUCUUACGAGGAGGAAGAGGAGGAGGAAGAGGAGGAGGAGGAGGACAAUACCAGUCCCGCAGACCUCUCUGAGCUGCUGAAAGAAGGGACAAAGGAGGCCCAUGACCGGGCUGAGAACACUCAGUUUGUCAAAGAUUUCCUGAAGGGACGCAUCAAGAGGGAGCUCUUCAAGCUGGGCACAGCAGCCCUUUACUUCACAUACUGUGCGCUGGAGGAGGAGAUGGAGCACAACAAGGACCAGCCCAGCUUUACUCCUCUGUAUUUCCCUUUGGAGCUGCACCGGAAGGAAGCCUUGGCAAGAGACCUGGAGUACUUGUAUGGGGAAGGCUGGGAGGAGAAGAUCCAGUGCUCAGAAGCCACUCAGCGCUACGUGGAUCGCAUCCAUCAUGUUGGGCAGCAUGAGCCGGAGCUCCUGGUGUCCCAUGCUUACACCCGCUACAUGGGGGACCUUUCUGGGGGUCAGGUGCUGAAGAGGGUGGCCCAGCGGGCACUGAAGCUGCCAAGCACUGGAGAAGGGAUCAACUUCUACAUGUUUGAAAACAUUUCCAACCCCCAGCAGUUCAAGCAGUUCUACCGAGCCCGGCUCAACGCCCUGGAUGUGUCCCAGGAGACCAAGGAGAGGAUUGUCAAGGAGGCCAACAGGGCCUUUGAAUUCAACAUGCAGGUCUUUGAGGAGCUGGACAAGAUUGGGGCUUUGUUACCAGAAGAAGCCCAAGAUGGCGGCCUCCCAAUGCAUGACGGGAAGGGAGACAUGCGCAAGUGCCCGUAUUAUGCCUCGAAACCUGCUGGCUCCAAGGACACUGCCUGCCCCUGCCACCUUGCCCUGGCUGCCCUGAAGCAGCCCACCGUCCAGCUGGUCUUGGCAGCCUGCGUUGCAGUCACUGCUGGCAUUGCAGCCUGGUACGUGAUGUGAGGCUGGGCACCGGCUGUCUGUUGGCUCUUGAAGAAAUUGCUCCUUUUUUCCAUUGACAUGUGGACUUUUAAUGCCGGAUUUAAUUGAGGAAACAUUAAACCCAAAUCUAGUGUACAAA